AUGGUGACGCCAUUCAACCAGCGCGUCCUGCUCGUGGCCGGUAUCACCGCCCUGUCCCUCCUCGCCCUCAACGUCGCCGCGUGGGGGUCCGCGGCAUACUGGCUCGCGUACGCGUCCACCGUCGUCAGCCUGUGUUGCCUGGGAUACCUCAGCAUUGUGGGCGACCCGGACGAGAUGGACGACAAGAAGGGACAGUAA